AUGGUGUGGGCAGCCCCAGCCCCGGCUGCCAUCGCCCUCUGUCUCCGUGUCUCCACAAACCUGGUGAAAGCUGCAGUGGCUGCCCUGGUCAUUGGAGCUGUCCUGUCCACUGCAGAGCAGCACCCUGGGUGGAGCAGGAGCCUGCCCCGAGCAGCUUCAUCACAUCCCAGGUUGAAGCGGAGCACAGACCGCUGCCCCUCCGAGCCCAUCACCACCACCACCAUCACCACAAACCCCCUGUUAUUCCUGGAUUACACCCCUGAGGAGUUCAACCUGUGCCUGAGCAACGAUGUCUUAAUGGAAAACCUGGAGGCUCUGCUGGACAUGCCGUUCACUGUGGACUACUACGAGGUCAUGAAAGAAAAGGUGGACCAGGCUUACCCGUCGGGGAUCCCGGAGGAGCUGCUGAGGCGCCUGGGACUGCUGGCCCGCCUGUACUCGGAGGAGGAGAUCAGUCAGUGGUCAGUGACAUCCAAUGACACACUGGCAGCCCUGCUUGACCCCUCGGGAGGGCACUGGGAUGAUUCCCAGGUGCAGCAGCUGCUCAGCAGGUACCUGACCCUGGGGGGCACCUUGACCGGGCCCCUGCUCCAGGCCAUCGGGGGCAGACGCCUGUGCAACCUGCGGGAGGAGCAGAUGGAGCAAAUCCCCGCCCAAGCAAUCGGGACUGCUGGGCAGUUAGACAUUUCUGCCUGCUCCCAAGCCAAGAAGGAGCUGCUCUACAGGAAGGCUCGGGAGGCCUUUGCUGGCCUGGCCGACACCCCCAGUGUGUAUUACUGCCGGCUCCGGCCAUACCUGGGUGGAGCUCCAGCAGAGGACCUGAAAGCCUUGGCCAAUGCUGGCAUGGCCAUAGACAUGGAUAUGGACACCUUCCUGUCCCUAAAUCCCGAGGAACUGCAGAAACUCAGUGUCAUGGACGUGAAAAAUUUGCUCGGGGAAAACCUCCCCGAGCUGAAGAAAGCUGAGAACGAGCCCUUGGUGAUGGGCUGGGUGGAGAGACAGUUCCAGAGGGAGCUGGACCGUGUCCUGGGAAUCGGCCUGCAGGGAGGGAUGGAGGACCCCACGGGGACAACCACACCCCCUCCUCAUCCCACCACUCCAGCCAGUGCCACCUCCACUGGCACUGUCCCUGUGCCCACCACCCUCCCCACUGUCCCCACCCCUAUUGCCACUACCACCCCCCCGACCACCCAGUCAAGUACAGUCCCCCUCCAGACCCCCACCCCGAGUGCUCUCAGCCCAACCCCCCUAAACAACAGUCCCCCCUCCAAUGAGAGUCCCCCUGCCACUUCCACUGCCACCUCCACUGCUCAUCCCACUCUGACCACCUCCAUCGCCCCCCCGUGCUCCACCCACCAGUCUCCCACCACAAAUAAGGCCACCCCAUCUCCUGUCCCCCUCCUCCCCACCACCCUGGCCCCUGUCAACCCUAACACCACCUCUCCCAGCUCUGUCCCAGUCCCUGCUGUCACCUCCAGGGCCACCACCAGCACCAGUGUUGGCACUGACCCGGCUGGUACCACCCACAGCACCAGCUCCCCUCUGGUGCCCGUGAACACCCCAGCACCCGGGGGGACCACCCACCCUGCUCCUGCCACCCACAGCACUGUCAUCCCCGGCACCCACACUGCACCCACUGCCACCCACAGCUCUGCCCGCCCUGUCCCUCUCUCCACCUCUGCUCCCACUGCCCCAGCCACAAGCCCCCCUCCCCACAAGCCCACCCCAGUUCCCAGCUCCACCAUCUCCACCCAAAAGAGCAUCAUCUCCUCCACGCCUGAGACCACCACAGUGCCCUGCCCGACCAGUGGCCCCCCGGGAUUCCCCAGCCCUUCCUCCACCACCACCAGCAGUGAGGCCACCAAACCAACCCCCGGAGCUGUGCCGGAGUCACCACGACCAACAUCCAACGGACACAUCAACCUGCAGCCCAAGCCUGAUUCAGGACCCAGACUGUCCUCCUGCCUCAUCCACGUGCUGGCUGUCACCGUGGGGACCUUGCUGCUGCAGGGGCUGCUCUGAGCCCCCCCUCAGCACCACACCCACCCCAUCCCUCCUUCAUCACCACCACCCUGCAACACAACGGUGCUGGGAAAUUCCCCGCUGGAAAAGCAGAAACCCGGGAAAGGAAGAGAACUCCUCCGUUUGAUACCAGCACAGAACGGGAUUAUUAUUUUUGAGGCUGGGCAGUGAAAGGAGAACUGGUAUUUUUCAGCCCAAAGAAGCCCCACGGGUACUUACUAGCAGUUUACUCCAUGUAGUACCAGCAGUGCUGAGUGCUCUGACAGGGCAA